GCUUGCCGGCAGCGAGGUCAGUGGGCAGUCGGAUGAAAAUGUAUCGCCAGCAGAAUCAUCACGAAAAAAAAAAGAUUCAAAAACAGCUGACACACAAAUCAAAAAACAUCAUGGUAAUAGGCCAAUUCUACCAAAUGACCAGCAUGACGAUUGUUUGAUCCCACCUGUCGCACCGCCUCCACCAAUAGCAUUUGCUGGUUUGGUUCGCCCGGACGAAGAAGAAGCAUUAUCUAGUAUGCUGAUGUCUUGGUACAUGUCCGGUUAUCAUACAGGCUAUUAUCA